AUGGAGGUGGCCGUCGCAGUUCAGCCCGUAUCAGCAAUCCCAGCGCCAGCAGCAGCAGCAUCAUCAGCAAUCUCCAAAGACUCCGUCAGCGAGGCUCAGGCUCAGGUCGUCGCCGCCAACCAUGACAACAACGACGCCGACGCCGACGCCCUCUACUGGUUCCGCACCAGCGGCCAGGACCUCGCGCGCAUGAUGUACGAGGCCAACUAUCCUGACGAGACGUCGAACCGCUUCCUCACCUUUUACCGUGACGUCGUCUGCCCGCUGCUUGGCGGCCGGCCCAAGCCCGACUCGCUGCCGACGGCCGUGGGCUGGGACGGCAACCCGUUCGAGUACAGCUUCGAGUUCAAGGGCUCCACCAAGAAGGCCGGCGUCCGCUUCGUCCUCGACCUGAGCGAGGUCCGGCCCGCGAACCGGGACUACCCGCUGAGCCUGGCGACGGUCGAGAAGGUCCUGGACGUGCUGUCGACCAAGAGCCCGCUGUACGACGACCACUGGCACCGCUCCCUCGAGCGGUGGUUCGUCUACUCGCACAAGCCGUCCGAGAGGCAGCGGGAGCUCGUGGCAAAGGUCGGCUACCAGACGCCCACCAUCCUCGGCUUCGACAUCAACCCCAAGAUCACCGAGCUCGCGCCGGCCCUGCUCCCCGUCAUGGUCAAGAGCUACUUCCCGCCGUGCUUCGUGACCGAGGACCGCGGCUUCACGCGGUUCCGGUCCCUCGCCCUCGGCGUGCGCCAGCUGCCAGACAUUGGCUCGCACCCCAACAUCCUGCUGGGCCUCAAGAUGAUUGAGGACUUUGUGGCCGACAACCCGCAGUACGAGGGCUGCGGCCGCGGUCUCUCGACCGACUUCGUGCCGGCCGGCCAGGCGCGUCUGAAAGUCUACCUGCGGUACUGGGGCGACUCGUUCGACGAGAUCUGGGAUUACUACACGCUGGGUGGGCGCAUCCCUAUUGCCGACCUCGAAGACGACAAGGAGAAGCUGCGCGACCUGAUCCAGCUGUCCCGCGGCUCCGAGUACCCGGCGGACAAGAUCCGGCCCGAGACGGACGCGGAGAAGAAGCGGCGCGCCAUCUUCGGCACCAAGCCGACGUCGCUCUACUUCUCCCUGACGCCCGAGAAGCCGUACCCGAUCCCCAAGCUGUACUUCUACCCGGCCUUCCAGGCGCCCAACGAUGAGGCCAUUGCGCAGGGUAUCGACGCCUGGUUGAAGAGGUACGACUGGUACGACGGCGGCAAGACGCUGGAGCAGAUGGUGGCCAACGUAUUUGACUACCGAAGACUUGAUGAGAAACCCGGCAUCUUCACCUUCCUGGGUGUCGGACGGAAGGAGAACGGCGAUGACAGCGGGUUGAGUCUCCAGGUCUACGUGACGCCCGAGUUGUACGAGAGCCCGCGGUACUGA